GUAUAUGGAGUUCCAAAGGGAAAUGUUCUUGGACUUCUUCAUUUCAUAAAACGACAUAAUCAAAGAUAUCGUAAAGUUACGAAUAACCCGUCCAACCCUGUACUUCGGGCCACGUGAACUACCCUUUUUUCUUUAAUCAAACACCACCAUUACCAACUAUAGAAUAAACUGCUUAUUAUCCCUCUUCCGAAUUCAGUAAAUUAGAUAUCUGCAUUGAACGCUCCAAGGACCAUUAAAUAAACGAUGAUAACAUCAAUAUUUCACUCCGCAUCAUGAACAUAGAUCUGUUUAAUCGUAUUUUCUAGUUGGCCACGUCAUAUUUUCCAAAUCGAAUUCUAAUGGGUGUUAUUGAAUGCGCUCUAUGAUUUCGAUAAUAAGCCGCGUUGUCUUGGAGACGCGACGGUAGAAAUAUCUACAAAUAUGUUCGAAUGUUUCAUAAAAAGUCAAGAUACCUGAGAGGUUACACGGUGUCAAAUAUCACCGUAGACGUCAAAGGUUGAUGUGUUUUAGUUCGAUGAUCGAUAACACAGAGUAACAACAGUUGGUGUUUGCUGUAGUGCUAAUUUCUGUGUGCGAACUGUUGCUGAAAGUUUGUUUUGCACUUUGGGCAUCGUUCAGGCUUUUUCAACCAUGUCCUGCCCAGGCCAAGACGUGAAGAUCCUCCAAAAGGUCUUAGGACACAAGAGUGACGUCACCACCUGUGAUUUCGCAGCAAAUUGUACUCUCGUAACCGGAUCUGGAGACAAGACCGUUCGAGUAUGGGAUUGGGUUCCAGGGACGGGCUACGUGGAAAGAUCAAAUUCACCCCUAAAAGAUCACAAAUAUAACGUUACCUGCGUCCAAGCUUCUCCACAAGGUUUUAUGUUCGCCUCCGCUUCUGUGGACGGCACUGCGAUUCUAUGGAAUGUUAGUUCUUUGGACAAAAUCUACACUAUGGCACAGGUCAACGGAGAUCCCAUCAGAGUGUGCAGAUUUUCUCCGGAUAGUGCAAUUUUCGUUACUGCAGGCGACAAUGGUGCCGUUUGCAUUUGGGACUUGGCCAGGAGGAAUUUGAUCAGAACAGUUUGGGACCACAAGGGUGCCACGCAAUCGUUAGCAUUCACUCCAGAUUCGAUGUACCUGGUGACGGCUUGCUCCAUGGAAAUGAUCAACGUUUGGCACGUGCAAGACUUGGUGGACACCGUCAACGAGGCCUGUUGUAGCCCCGCUGCGAGCCUUGUGAACGCCUUGGACAUGGGGGUGUUGAGUUUGGAUGUCUCCAAACGUGUUGAAGUGGAAGAUGAUAACCCUCUGCAGAAGCAAUACACCCUAGCCUCUAGCGGUUCCACCAACGAGAUAAAAAUAUGGAACAUAACCUCAGUUUCCUUCCCCAAAGGCAGAGGGUCAGGUCAAAGGGUGACUGUCAGCCUUCAUAACGUCUUGGAAGGCCACUCUUCUUCUGUAACUUGCGUGCGGUACACACCCGGAGGUGAAACCUUGGUUUCUUGCAGCCUGGACAAGACCAUCAAAGUAUGGGACAACCUAGGUGGCUGUAUAGCCCAGCUACACGGACACGCCAGAUACGUCAACUGCGUAGCUGUCUCUAAAGACUCUUCCUUUAUCGCGUCAGGUAAGUUCAACAGAUUCCUGUAUUACCGAACUGUCAGAUUUGACGUUUGGACCUUGACGCAUUACCUACUUGUAGGUUCGAACGAUCGUCAAGUGAUUGUGUGGGAUCUGAAUGGCAACUUAUCGUUAGAUUGCGAGAUUGUGAAGCAUCAGAAGACGAACGGUAGUUCAGAUUACGUGCACUCAGAGGUGCACGUGUCUCAGAAUGUGGACAAUAUGCAGCUGUUGGAGAAAAUAGAUGACCUGGCCGACGGGUCGAUAAAUAGUUGUUGUUUCCAUCCUAACGGAUUGCUUGUUAUUGGAUCUGGGGAUAAAAGCGUCAAGUUGUUCAGCCUGAACGAGGAGCACAGUCUGAACGAAGUUCCGUAUUCGCCGUUAGAGGGCCACACGUACGCGGUGAAUCAUUUGGACAUAUCCAAGGACGGAUCUAAACUGGCCACUUGUUCGCAGGAUGGUUGUGCCUUCAUAUGGGACCCAGAGACUGGCGAUAAAAUUGGUUCACUACCUACCAGCAGUUUAUCGAUCAAGGUCUGCAAGUUCUCUCCUGAUGGCGAAAUGCUGGUGACUGCAGGUGACGAUGAGAAAGCUUUCGUUUGGAAUGCGGACACCAUGGAAAAUAUCGCCACCCUGGAAGGCCACCUGGACGCCAUCACCUGCGCCUGUUUCACCCCAGACUGCGCGGUGUUGGUCACCACCUGUUUCAACGAAGACUUCAGGCUGUGGAACUGCUGUGAUAACUUCAGGUUGAUCCACGUGGAAGAAGACGUCCACACUACCGGUAUACAAAGCUGUGACUUCUCCACGAACUUGGAACCCAUACCUAACGUGCUGGUGGCUGAUCAGCAGACCUAUCUCUUGGCCACCUGCGGAAACGACAGCGUUGCCAAACUUUGGUGCGUCACGGUGCCUAAGAAGAGAGAUCUGCCAUCCUACGACGAAGUCAACGUGAAAAUUUGGCGUUCCUUAUACGGCCAUGGAGGAAGCUUGACCUGCAUAAAAUUCUCUCCCUGUCUAGGGGAAAUAGUGUGUUCAACUGCUACCGAUAGACAAGCUAGGUUAUGGUCAGUGUAUAGUGGUGAAUGUCUGUACGUCUUGGACCACAAUUCGAUAGUUACCACGUGUUCUUUUACCGAUGAUUGCACACUAUUGUCCAUUGGAUGCAUAGACAAAUCGUUGUGGUUGUGGAAGCUACCUUCACAACUGGUAUUUCAAACUGCCGUAGUAAACAAGACGAAGCAACUAUCUAAGAACCUCUACGAUUGGUCGACAACAGACGUGUCCAAUUGGCUGGAAAACAUAGGUUUGAACGAGAUCAAGGUAAAUGCCUUGAAUGCCUCCCUGGAUGGUCGAAAAAUGGUAACAUUCAGCGAAGAGGAAAUCUGCUCAGCCUUGGACAUAGUUGGAGACGACGCCGAUUCUCUGGCCAAGGAGAUCAGGUGGUUAAAGCAGGGAGACUCCAAGGUACUCAACGCAAAGAGGGAGGACAUCCCUUACGAUUUCUUGUGUCCCAUAACGCACGAGGUGAUGGUGGAACCAGUGGUGUGCAGCGAUGGGUUCACGUACGAGCGACGAGCGAUAACAGAGUGGUUCAUGGCUGGCAAAUACACGAGUCCUAUGACGAACGAACCUCUAGUUACGACGGCCUUCAAGUUGAACAACGAGCUGAGGAACUCCAUUAGAUCUUUUUUGGACUUGGAGGAAUGAGUGGGUAGUUGGAUCACUCCUUUGAAUGCAACGGAACGGUUUGAAGAUCGAUGGAGCUCGUGGAAGGCGAGCAGAGGAGUCGACGAGUAGGGAGGAAACGAGCAAAUUUAUAUUUAUUUCAUAUACUGUGAUGAGAAUGUUCUUUCUGUCUUUCAAAACCUGAGUUGAACGAACUACUGGUACUCUUACUCGUAACGAGUGUUUGGAAUUCCGGUACCAACUCAGGCUACUCAAAGGUCCCUGCCUUAUACACCUCGUAGCGUGACGAAUUUGCCACACUAGUCUUGUAGGUACUACCCAGCUCUGGUUAUAUCUAACGAUGAAUAACUUCUACUGUGUCACGAAGCCGUUUAUGGUUUUUUAUUAGAAUUGUCCACGCAUAGAACUAAACAUAGACUAUUUCUUCUUUUUCUUCAUUCAAUCUUCUUCUCUUUUUGCACACCAAACAAGACUCAACUAGACAUUCUGGUCGACUGAUUUAUUUAACAUUGUCAUUACAUCGAUGAUAUUCACGUGUCACAUUAUGUAAAUCCACAUCGAAGAAUAAACGUUCAUCGUCGAAACUAAAAGUGAAAAGCAGUGCCAUAUAAAUGUAAAUGACGUAGAUUUUACUAUGAAAACUAUCGAGUAUUUGUGAACACAUAUUUUAACUGAAAGAACUGCUGUUGAAAUAUUAAAUUUAAAGUUUGAACU